GGGUUGAGUCGCUGAGUGGGGUCCUUUGUCCCAUCGUCUCUUAUAACAGGAAGAUUGAAGUCGAAGGUGGUUGGCCAAAAUGCCAGAGGAGAUGGCGGACGGUGGGAGGAGGCUUGUGACUCUCGACGACCUCAUCGACGCCUUGGACAAGCGUGAGAGGGCGCCGAGCAACGUCCCAAAGGUCGAGACAUUUCACUUCAAAGGGGAUCGGGUAUCCGAUUGGUUGGAUCUGUCAGAGCAGGCGCUGGUGGGACUGUCAGAUGAGGUCAAGCUCCAGCGGGUCCUGAGGAUAUGGCAGGAAAGGCAAGUCCCGGGUGUGAGAGUCGAGGAGAUUGUGGAUGAAAAUGAGGAAGUGACUCAGCGGCUGAAGGCGGGGACUAUAAAGGAGGAGCCCAUAGUUGUUGAGUCGGACUACGAGGCGCAGGAGGUGGUAAGAGAGUCGACCUUGACCAUCCUGGAAAGGAUGGAGGACCUGCUUGCGAAGGUGGGCAGGUACCAGGAAUGGCUGAGGGUGAUGUGCGAAGUGGCCCGGGAGUGGGAAAUGAACCUUUUUGAGGUUCAAGAAGAGGAGGAUGAGGGUGAUGACGAAGAGGACGAGAGGCUCCGGCAGGAGGAGGACCGGAGAGCGGAACAGAGGGCCAAGAAGAGAGGGGCUAAGGGAGGGGUGGAGCCGAGCCUGCACGACGGCGUGCCAAAAAGGAAGAAGUACGCAGUCCGGCUGGAGGAAGGUUUUCACGUGGAGCGGAUGGUAGAUAAGUUCCUGGAAGGCCAUAACGAUCAGAUGAAUUUAAAGGACAUUUUGGCCUCGGCACCAAGGCUCCGUGGCGAGCUGAAGGGGCGGCUCUCGCGAAGGCAUGAGGGGACAAUGAUCCUGGCUCUAUCCGUUCCGGCCUGUGGGAAUUACGAAAUUAUUAAGUGCCGAAACACAGGGCCCGGAAGUGUGAGGAACAGGCUCAACCUCGGCUCCUUUACCUUCGAGGAGUCUGAGUACGCGCGACGGAGACUCCGGGAGGAGCAGGAGGAGGAAGGAGCAAGCGAGGUGUUGUCCCUGAACCUUAACGAUGUGAACAAGGCAAUGCAGGUGGUGGCGGCGCAUGAUAUGGCGGACCCUGAAGCUAUAAAGGCAUUGAGGGAGCAGGUCCUGGAAAACCCUCAGGUGGGAGAAGUGGAGCUGAUCUAUCGGCUUCCUGGGAGGAAAGGGGACCCUGCAAUGGCCCAGACGCGGACGACAAUUCGGCCUUUUUUAGGGGACGGCUUAAGCAUGGCUCCCAAAGGCGGGGACAAGAACAGGGCGGAUGGGUUGAGCCGUAUCAACUGGGACGGGGCGAAUCGGGAGUCAAUUGAGGAUACCCCACCAGUCGACGGGUCCUUGGACCAGGAGGAGGAUGUCCGCCUCCACAUAAAUGAAUGGUCGCUGAGGGUGCCUAGCUGCGUCACGCAUCCCAUAUGGCUAGCACCAAGGGGGUACGAGCGAAAGGAAGAGCUGGUUCUCAAGCCUUUCCAGGAGGAAGAUCCGUGGGGGAAUAAGGAUGUUGGCUGGAUGAUGAAGUUGGCAUUGGCAGGCGCACAUAGUCUGGCAGAAGAGGUGAGGACGAUAGAGGAAGGGCCAACCCAGGUAGAGGAACAUGAGCAGUUAAUAGGAGGAAUGUACUUGCUCACUAACACGCUCCUGCAGGGGAACUUUAACCAGAGGAGCGCAGCCGGUUCCGAGGAAAGCGAACUUCUUAUUCCUGAAAGCCAGGACGACGAGUUCGAAGAGGGAGAGAUUAGGGAGGCCUUCCGUGUCGAGGAGUAUGAUGGGAUUUAUCGGGAGAUGGGGUUACUCCUGUCAUGCGAGAUAAGGGAUAGGGACGUAAGUGCUAAAGCCCAGAAGAUGAGGCAUCUCUAUGUAGUAAGAGAUGACCAUCUGUUUAUAAAGCGACAGGUUGAGAACCCCAAGAGGAUCGUAUGUGGGAGGAACCGGCAGAUCGAUGUCAUAGCAUCCUUGCACGAUGGUAUAGCAGGGGGGCACAAAGGGGUUAGUGCCACGUGCGGAAAGAUAAGUGAACUAUACCAUUGGGAUGGAAUGCUGACUAUGGUCGUCAAGUACUGCCAGUCCUGUGUACCUUGCCAACAGAGGUCAGCGCAAAGGCCGGGGGAGCCUCUGCACCCCAAGCUGGAAAGGGAGGAACUGGAUAUACCAAGAGAGACGCCAUUCCGGAGCUUAGUGACUCAUCUUGAUGCAUCUCGAUGGGAGGCCUCACGAUUGGGGGAGGGCUCGGUUGAGGCGACGUGCUAUGUGCCAUUGGAGGAGCCUUUGGACCCCGAGACGGAGAUGGACAUGCGAGACCAAAAGGAGCCGCAGGAUCUUGAGAUGGCAGCCGAACAGCCGGAUCCGGUAUGGCCUCAGGGCGGGGAGGUGAUCACGGUCAGGGACGAUACCCCGCCACGCUCCCCAGUUCCUGAGCCAGCACAGUACUCAUGGCCAGAGGGGAUUCCCGAGCCAGGCAGUGAGGAGAUUCCGGAGUCUCCCCCUGAGGCCACUACUACGCCUGAGCAGGAGGUAGAGGUGGAGGGUCAGGGAGCGUGUGAGAGAGCGAGGACGGAGGCGCCCCUUGACUUGCCAUCGGCCACGCACGUGACCAAGAGCAUAGUUAUUGAGGAGCCUGUUCCAGCGGAGCUACCGCCAGUAGUGCCAUGCGCGAGCGAGGAGAUGGGGGCGGAGGCGUCGACUCCGAAAGGCCAGGGGCCGCAAGUGAGGAGAGCCCAAAGAGAGACCCGUGAAGAGAAGUCCGCCCGAGUGCGGGUCCGUCUGGAUGAAAUACAUGCGAGGCAGGCUGAGAUGGAGGCAGCAGGAAUAGAGACGACACCGCUGGUCGAGCCCAAGGCUAGCGAGCAAAGGAUCGACGAGUUGUGGGCUAGGUAUGAGAGCCAAAGGGAUGCAGCCCGCCAGAGGUCACGAGAGGCAGGACAGGCGGACGAGGAGACGGGUGAGCUGAGGGAGAUGGGGGACUUGAGCAAUGAGCUCAGGGUCAAGGAGUUGGAGGUGGAGCACCUGACUACUCAGCUUGCCGAGAAGAAGGCGAGGAGCCAGGCUAGAGAGGUUGAGUGGGAGAGGAGAUUUGGGGAGAUGGCGGACACUGUGGAUAGGCUCUCGGCGGACUGGGAGGCUAGCCAAGUAGAGCGAGCCGGUGCCGAUGGCCAGGGACGAGGGAUGCAGGCUUCGCCAAGUCAAGGAUUAGCAGUAGAGGUCCCUCGACAGGUCGAGCCAAUGGAGGAGGUGCCCUUGGAUGCAGUUGAGGAGGAGGGUGGCGCACAGGAGUCGCUUAUGGCUAUGUCCACGGAGAGGAGGGGUUCGCGUUUGCAUGAGCUGGUGGCACCCAUGGGGAUAGGCACGCCACAGGAGGGGCCUUAGAGACUCGACGCUCCAGAGCAUGCCCCGGAGUUGG